CUCUUCAACAUUUUCUAUUUGUCUUCCUUUUUUCCUGUGAUAGUGGAUAAAUGGCAGGCAAAAAGCGAGAGAUCCAGUUACAGGCAGUCGUUAAUAGUCAAAGCCUGUGGGAUGAGAUGUUGCAGAACAAAGGCCUGACAGUGAUCGACGUUUACCAAGCCUGGUGUGGACCUUGCAAAGCAAUGCAAACGUUAUUCAGAAAAUUGAAAAAUGAGCUGAACGAAGAUGAACUUCUGCAUUUUGUUGUAGCAGAAGCUGACAACAUUGUGACUUUGCAGCCAUUUAGAGAUCAAUGUGAACCUAUUUUUCUCUUUAGUGUUAAUGGCAAAAUUAUUGCAAAGAUAAAUGGUGCAAAUGCACCACUUGUUAAUCAAAAAAUUAUUAACUUGGUCAAUGAGGAGAAGAAAAUUGCAGCAGGUGAACUGGUUCGCCCUCAGAUCAUCAAGGCAGGCUUUGUGAUAGAAAUCGAAGAUAAGAGAGUGUUCACUGAGCAACAAGUAAGGGACUUCUAUCAUCGGAUAGCACACCAGCCUGACUUUGAAGAUUUUGUCCUUUUUAUGACCAGUGGCCUAAGCCAUAUUCUAGUUAUAUCUCAAGGAAAUGAAGAGCAGCCUGCCCUGGGGGAAACUGAAUCUGAUCCUGAGACAGAAGCUAAAGAAAUAUAUGAGGAUCACCUUGCUAUGGUCACGACUCCAAUGAUGAGGAAGAAGCGGGACAGCUUAGAAGAAUAUCUGGAAAGACAACAUAUAUCUCAGUUUUGUGAUGUUGAAGAAAAUAUAACUGAUGUUAACCGCUUUAUUGAUAUGUUCUUCCCUGAUUUUAAAAAUAUGAAAAACCUCAAAUUAGAAAAGAUCCUGGCAUUACUUCGACCAGCUCUCUUUCAAGAAAAGAAAGAGGAUGUUUUGAAGAUUAUUGAAGAUGAAGGCUUUAAAAUACUGAUGCAAAGGCAAAUUGUAUUAUCAGAAGAGGAAGCACAAACACUGUGCAAGGAAUAUGAAAAUGAAGAUUAUUUUGGAAACCUUAUAGAAAAAAUGACCAGUGGUCCAUCUCUAGCCCUUGUUUUAGUAAGAGACCAUGGCUUACAACACUGGAAAGAGUUAAUUGGACCAGGUAGUGUUGAAAAAGCCAAAGAAUAUCUUCCAGAGAGUUUAUGUGUACGAUUUGCAAUGGAAGAAUUGCCCAUCAACCAGUUGUAUGGAAGUGAUUCAUUAGAAGCAGCCGAGAGGGAAAUACGGUAUUUCUUUCCUCCUCAAAGCACUUUAGCACUGCUUAAACCUCAUGUAACACAGGAACAAAGAGAGGAGAUCUUGAAACUUAUUAGAGAGGCUGGAUUUGAAAUAACACAGAUGAAGGAAAUGCUCCUAAAUGAAGAAGAAGCAGGAAAAAUUUAUUCAAAAAUAAAAGGAAAAGACUUUUAUCAAGAUGUAUUGGAAAUGUUAUCUGAGGGUCCAUCUUUGGUCAUGGUUCUGACCAAGUGGAAUGCUGUUUCAGACUGGAGACAAUUGAUUGGUCCUGUAGAACCAGAUGAGGCAAAACUACUGUCCCCAGACUCUAUCCGAGCCAAGUUUGGAAGAAGUGUUUUGAAAAAUGCUGUCCACGGAUCAUCUAAUACCUAUGAAGCAAUGGAGAGCAUUACUAGAAUUUUUGAAGAAUUUGGUCCUGAGAAUCCCGAGGGAAACUAAAAACUUUGAGAAGAUAAUGUGUUGUAAGUUCACACUGGCAUAUAACCAUGUGGCACAGCUUCCUGGGAGGAAUAAAAAGGAAUAUAUUCUUUGGAGGAAAACUCGGUGUUACCUCAAGUUAAAAACUCACCUCCAAGUGAAAAACAUGUGGUUAUGCAUAAUAACAAUAAAAAAUGUGACCUUCAAACAAA